UUUGUGAUGCUCGUAAAAGAGCUGCAGCAUUCUUCGGCGUCGGCCAUGCUGCUGGCCGCUGCCUAGUUCCCAGUGAAUGAGCUUCCUGGGAGUUUUAAGGUCGCAGCUGGGAGACCAGCUUAGUCCGUUGACACGAAACUGAUUGCAAUCAGUUUCGUGAGAAAUGGUGGCGCAUUGACGGAGAUAUGGCAGUUUUAGAGGUGGAGGUGGGGAGGCUUUGCUAAAUUUCGGAAGUGGAUUUGAGUUGUGGGGGGGACUGUGUGUGUGUGUGUGUGUGUGUGAGCGAGAGAAAGAGAGAGAGAGGAAACGAGAGAGAGAGCGAGAGGUAGGUAGAGUGAGUACUCCUGAAUGGAUAGGCGAGGUUGGGGUUUACGCUUUUGUAGAGGAGACGGGUGAGACAGGGUCGGAUGUGGAUUGGGGUGGAAGACCAGGAGUUCUGGGGCAAGAUUGGGGAGAAUGGAGACGGGACCGCCGAACUUGUGGGAUGCCACGGACCCGUUGAUGGUGGAAGCCUUUAUUGGGGGCUAUGGGAUUCCGGGGUAUGAGACUCAGGUCGAUCUGGGGUGCACCGCUGGACAGGAUUUAGAGCAGAAUGAUUCUGUGUUGCAGCGGAGGUUGCACACGCUGGUGGAAGAAUCGUCAGAGAAUUGGAUUUAUGGCAUCUUCUGGCAGCGGUCGCUUUCACCUUCUGGAGAGUCAAUAUUGGGGUGGGGGGAUGGGUAUUAUAAGGGACCUAAUGAUAGCGACGAAUUUGAUUCAAGGCAAACACUAACAGAAGAGCAUCAACUACAAAGGAAGAAAGUACUACGAGAGCUACAGGCUCUUGUUUCGUGUCUAGAUGAUGACGCCACUGAAGACGUCUCAAACACGGAGUGGUUUUACCUUGUUUCUAUGUGUCAUUCAUUUGCACUAGGGGUUGGCACUCCUGGUCAGGCAUUGGCAUUGGGGCAACACAUAUGGCUGGAGGAAGCAGAUAAAGCAUCUAAUAAAAUCUGCACACGAGCUAAUUUAGCAAAGAUGGCAGGAAUCCAGACUAUUUUAUGUGUGCCAACCAUGAAUGGGGUGGUCGAGCUUGGUUCAACUGAUUUGAUCCACAGACGCUGGGAUGUUGUUGAGCAUAUUAAGAUGGUGUUUCAAGACUCAACGUGGGGGUUAGAUGAUAUGCAAAUUAUGUCGCAUUCCCAAGUUGCAAAUUUUGAUUCUACAUUGAUGCCCUACAAUUCAAGUAUGACUUUGGAUCCGACGAGUAUCGCAGGUACAACCUCCAUUACAUCGAACACUGACCCAGGUCUAGCAGACCACGAAAGCGUAGACUUUAAUGCAAGGCUCUUUCACACGGAUAAGCUGUUACUCCAUUCGGGUGGACUUGGCUUCAACGGGUUCGACCAUUUGUGGGGACAAACAAACGAUUUCCACUGCAAUGAUCCACUUCCAGAUGAUGUUGAGAAUAGUUUAGGACAAUCCAUGUAUGAUAUUUUAGGUAAAUUACCUCUACAGGAAGAGCAGCUUCCUUUCCUAGCAUCUAGUUCAUUUCCUAAAAACCCCGAGUCAAACUCGCGACAUUCAGUUUUUCAGAUGAACAAUGUAGGGAAACUCCCGCAAUUAGAUCAUAGAUCGGCAUCCUUGCCUGCAAUGGAAAAACCACAUUCCAAGCUGCAGCCAACCUAUACCUUUCCGCAAUACAGUGGUGACUUCGAAGUGGGUGAAAUGUAUAAUCCUCCAGGGCAUAUUCCAACAAUGAGACCAAAGCUACCCAAUCAAGAGGAACGGGUGCAAUUUCCUUUAAUGCCUGCAGUUGAAAAGGCUUCAGUUAUUGAGAAGCCUAUGCCUUUAUUGAAGCCAAUUCCACAAUCUCCGUCUCCACCAGUUUCGAAGCCAGCGGGACCUUCUGUUUCUGCUAAUGGAUUGAAGCUUACCGAUCACCUAGGCCAGGAUUUUGUAGAUCCGGAGUCUGUAACAAUAAAAGUAAAUGUGAUGGAGGCUCCAAAGCUCCCUCGCAAGCGAGGUCGGAAGCCUGCUAAUGACAGGGAAGAGCCGCUGAACCAUGUUCAAGCCGAGCGGCAACGGCGAGAGAAGCUCAAUAAACGCUUUUAUGCACUUCGAGCCGUUGUGCCAAAUGUCUCAAAGAUGGACAAAGCUUCAUUGCUGGGCGAUGCUAUUGCGCACAUCAACUACCUGCAGGAGAAACUUCAUGACGCAGAAAUGCGCAUAAAGGACCUUCAGAGGGUUUGCAGUGCGAAGCGCGAGCGUGGCCAAGAGGCUCUUGUAAUUGGUGCACCUAAAGACGAUACCCAACUGAAGCCUGAGAGGAAUGGCACUCGGCCUGUGUUUGGCAUAUUUCCUGGUGGUAAGAGGUUCAGCAUUGCCGUGAACGUCUUCGGAGAGGAGGCAAUGAUACGAGUCAACUGCGUGCGAGAUGCUUACUCUGUUGUCAACAUGAUGAUGGCCCUGCAAGAAUUGCGCUUGGACAUACAACAUUCUAAUACAUCCUCCACAAGUGAUGACAUCUUGCAUAUUGUUGUUGCUAAGAUGAAACCAACUGAAAGGUACACGCAGGAGCAGCUCGCUGCGUUACUUGAAAGGUCUGAUCAAGCCACUGGGUAUUUGACGAAGCGGGAAGGAAGUGACACGGCUUUGCAAAAACUAGGCAAUCCUCCCUAAUCCCAAAAACUGUCCUUUUGGUGUAUAUAAGGAUGUGUAUACUGGACCGUCGCAAUUGGAAAUUGUAGAAAAUUUAGUCAUUUCUCAGCAGUAGCCUAAUUAGGUUGUAGCUCUAGACUCACCUUGGUAGAGGAAAUUAAUUAUCUAGGAAACAUAGUUUUUCUAACUCGAAUGUAGGCACAGGAAUCUCUUAAUCGAUUGUCAGCUGGGUGUACAAUGGGGUUGAAGGUGAGCAGAUACAUUCUUCCUUCUGUAUGUUAUGGUGCCUGUUCAAUCAAUUUUCUGUAUUUAAUCCUAUUUCAAGGCUCUACAUAAUUGGUUUCAAUACCACUUGGAGUUCCGUUCAA